UAAGAUAGAGUGAUUGAUAGAGUCAAAUCAAAUAAAUAAUUGAAAGUACUCUUAAACAAAAAGUAUCAUCUAUACUGCAUUAUGGGAAAUUAAUUUUGUGUUUAAUUGUAGCAUAAUAGUAACAUAAAAACAAUUAAAACAAAAAGAAGUGGCAGUAGCAGAAUUAAAAAGUAAAAGUUGCAAAUAGAGUAGUAUCAAAAUAGAUUAUUUGAAGAGUCUUAAUCUUACAUUCCUAUGACAUCAAUUAUAGUCGAUAAUGAAGGUCAUGAAGUUAUAUAAUAAGAAUGUUGUUUAGGUGAGAGCAAAAUGAAUACUGAAUGCGAGCAAAGUAUGUUUGAACCAUUAGAACAAAUUUAAAAAUAAAAUAUAGAGUGUAAAAUAAUAUAACCACCUAAAUCAGAGUAUCAAAUCGAAUAGUACAUUUUAUGA